AUGCAAUCCGAACUUAAAGCUAGGUAUGUAGAGCUUAAGGCUGAGAAAGCUGAACUUAAGGCUGAGAAUAUAGAACGUAAGGCCAAGAUCGCAGAACUUAAGGCUAUUUUGAGAUUAUUCGUGAGCUUGAGAUUCAGAAUGCAAAAAAUAUCAAUUUUAGAAAAAUAUGCAAAAGAGAUUUCUAAAGAAAUUCUUAAAGAACCAAUAAUUGAGCACCGUCCUCCUUUCUUAGAUAGAUUAGAAUCUGACGCCUUUUUCCAACAACAUAAAAUUAUUGGAGGUGCAAGGAAGUCAGCACCAGUUUCAUAA